AUGUCUGCUGAGGUGAUUCAAUUCUUCACCAACUUGAUUGGCACUGAAGUCCCUGCAGUCAAUAAUAUCAAUCCUAAUUUGUUAAAGGAUUUAUUUAAUUUCUCCUUGCCUACUGAUAAGGCUGAUUCUCUAGUGCAGGAGGUUACUAAAGAGGAGAUAAAGGAGGCAUUCUUCAAUCAAGGAAACGAAAAAUCUCCAGGCCCAGAUGGAUUCUCACCUUUCUUUUUUAAAAAAACUUGGCAUGUUAUUGAGAGUGAUGUUGUUGCUGCUAUAUCUCAAUUUUUUCAAGAUUCUUUCCUCCUCCCUGCCUUCAACACAACUAUUAUUGCACUGGUUCCAAAGCUUCCUAACCUUAGUAAGUCUUCUUUUGUUAAAGGGAGAAACAUUACUGAUAACACCUUACUGGCUCAAGAACUUGUUAGAGCUUAUAGUAAGAAAAACCUCUCCCCUAGAUGUUCUCUGAAAAUUGACCUGCACAAAGCUUUUGACUCUCUCAAUUGGAACUUUAUUUCUGCCAUUUUGAAGUCCAUUGACCUUCCAAGGUCCUUUGUCACAUGGAUUGAAAUUUGUUAUUCUACUGCAAGCUACCCAGUCUCUUUUAAUGGUAGUCUGACUGGAUUCUUUAAGGGAGCCAAAGGUCUAAGGCAAGGAGACCCCCUUUCUCUUUUACUGUUUGUCCUCUCUUUGAAUGUCAUUUUUCAUCUCCUUAAUUUGGCAGCUUCUAGAGGAUUAUUCAACUACCACCCCAAAUAUAAAAAAAUAGGUUUGACACACCUAUCUUUUGCUGAUGACCGUCUAAUAUUUUACAAAGGGAAUGUUAAUUUUGUUACUGGGGUUACUUGUGUGCUAGAAAAUUUUUACGAGAUUUCAGGUCUUAAACUUAAUGCUUCAAAAAGUGAAUUAUUUGAUGUUGGAAUGUCCAUUGCUGCAACAGAGGAAAUUAAAAAGAUUAAAGGCUUCAAACUUGAUAUUCUGCCAGUUCAUUACCUUGGUAUCCCUCUGCUCACUAGGAAAAUUUCUGAAAAAGAUUGUGUGAUUCUUAUCGAUUCCAUCAAAACAAGAUUACACAACUGGUCCACUAAAACUCUUAGCUAUGCAGGAAGGCUGGAACUCAUCAAGAUUUUUCUGUCAAGUAUCACCAAUUUCUGGUGUAGACAGGUUUUCCUUCCUCACUCAGUUUUGAAGAAGAUCGAGCAACUAUGCUCUCGGUUUUUCUGGAAGGGGACAGACAAAGCUGGUACUGGAGCAAGAGUGAGUUGGAAAAAUAUUUGCCACUUGAAAUCUGAAGGCGAAGGAUCUAUAUGGGUCGCUUGGCUACAAAACUACGUUUUUAAAAAGAAAGAUUUCUGGACUGUUGAUAUAAACUCCACUGCCAGUUGGAGUUUAAAGAAACUGUUGAAGCUAAGACCAGAAGCUCACCAAGUUCUGUCCUCUGGAGCUUUGAAUGCUACUGCAAUAUGGGAUUUUAUUCGAGAAAAAAAGCCUAAAGUUCCUUGGCAGAAACUUCUAUGGUUUCCCUUGCAUAUUCCCAAGCAUAGUCUGAUAGCUUGGAUGGCUUUUCUUGAUAGGCUACCAACAAAAGAAAGGCUUUAA